AUGGACCACAAUGACAGUGACUUGCAAGGCACAAACAGUUCCGGGACUUUGGGGGGUCUGGAUGUCCGUCGGCGUAUUCCUAUAAAGCUGAUCUCCAAGCAGAACAUCAAGGCCAAACCGACACCCCCUCGCCCUACAAGAAAUAUGAACAGGGUCCCUUCAAAGGCUGGAGACGAAGAGUUUGAUUACAACGAUGAAGAACGGUAUGAGUGCAAAGGUGCGGACGUGUUUAGCAACCAGCGAAGAUUCCCUGGGCUCCUCUUCUGGGACUUCAAGCUAAAUCUACUCGGAGAGAAGGAUGACACCCCAGUCCAUUUCUGUGACAAAUGUGGGUUACCCAUUAAAAUGUACGGGCGCAUGAUACCCUGCAAGCACGUUUUCUGCUACGAGUGUGCGCUCUUACACGAGAAGAAAGGGGACAAGAUGUGUCCGGGCUGCAACGAGCCGGUGCAGCGAAUUGAGCAGUGCCUCCGCGGCUCUCUGUUCAUGUGCAGCAUCGUGCAGGGCUGCAAGAGAACCUACUUGUCUCAGAGGGACCUCCAGGCUCACAUCAACCACCGGCACAUGAGAGCCGGCAAGCCGGUGGCGCGUCCUCCUCUCGAACCCGUCCACCCUCCUAUCGCUCCUCCUCCAGCGGAAAUCCCGGAGCGGUUCAUUCUGCCGCCCGAGAAGCAUCACCUGAGCCACCUCCCGCCGAAGCAGCACCUCCUGAUGCCGCCCCCACCGCCGCUGCAGCACGUGUCCCACGAGCAUUACAACCAGCCCCACGAGGACAUCCGGGCCUCCCCCGCCGAGAUGUCCAUGGCGCCGCCUCCCCCUCGCCCCGUCAACCAGGACACCUUCCGCAUCUCCACCCGGAAGCACAGCAACCUCAUCACCGUCCCUAUCCAGGACGAUUCGAGCUCCGGCACUCGCGAGCCGCCCCCGCCGGGCCCGGGCCCGGCUCACCACCACCCCGAAUAUCAGGGCCAGCCCGUGGUGUCCCACCCGCACCAUAUCAUGCCUCCCCAGCAGCACUACGCCCCGCCCCCUCCUCCCCCGCCCCCCAUCAGCCACCCCAUGCAGCACCCUCCCCAGGGGGCAGGUACCCCUCACCUUGUUUACAGCCAAGCCCCACCCCCUCCGAUGACCUCGGCUCCUCCCCCUAUCACCCCGCCUCCUGGACACAUCAUCGGGCAACUUCCUCCUUACAUGAACCACCCUCCCCCUGGGCCGCCGCCCCAGCACGGCGGGCCCCCCGUCAACGUCAACGCACCCCCUCCUCACCAUUACAACCCGAACGCUCUGCAGAAGUUCAACGAAGACCAAGGAACUCUCAGCCCGCCGUUCACUCAGCCCGGGGGGAUGAGCCCAGGCAUAUGGCCAGCUCCGAGGGGGCCGCCCCCGCCGCCCCGAAUGCAAGGCCCGCCUUCUCAAGCGCAACUUCCGGGACCUCACCACCCCGACCAAGCCAGAUACAGGCCAUACUAUCAAUGAUAGUCGUUAACGAUUGGAACUAAAACACGAUCGAAGGAUAACGUGUUCUAAGCAGAAGCCUUUUCAUGAAUUCCGACUGUUUAAGGAGCUCUCUUUUCUGUUUUUUUGCUUUGUUUCUUGAAGAAGGAAAAAAAAAAGGUAAUUUCUGACUAUAAUGCUCUCGGGGGGAUUUAAAGCUUAA